GCCUGGCGGUCCCGGAAUCCGGGCUCUUUGGCCGGGGCGGAAGGACGGCGAACCGAGAGUCGUUAGUGUUCGAUGAGUCGCGUGUCGCCUAGUGCGCGUUCAAGUGCCGCAGAGUGCGGAUUGGGAAUAAGUAUGCGGUGCGAUACACGAUGAUACGGAGAUUCGGAAGCGAGCCGUUGGCUCGAUGCCAUCGGAGAGAAGAACACGGAGGACCAGGACGAGGACGAGGGCGACGACGCAGUUGCGUGCUCCACCCGCUACUCGCCAUCGCCGCGGCAAUAUUCUUGCCAAAUUUCGUCCAUUCAGGUUCCGUUUAUCCUCGAGGCACGACAUCCGAUAGCUUCGGAGGAAGAAAUUUCACAAGCUUAUCAGACGUCGGUGAAAAUGGUGAUAAUGAUUUGCCAGUGUUUGCACCCACGGCUGCGAACGUCAGCGCGCUGGAAGGACAAACCGUUUAUCUGCCCUGUCGAGUUAGAAAUCUCGGCGACAAAGUGGUCUCGUGGAUCAGGAACAGGGAUCUUCACAUUCUGACUUCCGCCGAUGUGGCUUUCAGCUCAGACCCCCGAUUUGCCCCUCAACACACACCGGGAAGCGAUGCCUGGACCCUCAGGCUCGACAACGCGCGGCGUUCGGAUUCGGGGAGAUACGAAUGCCAGGUGAACACGGAGCCCAAGAUGAUGUACGCGGUUCAGCUCGCCGUCAGGGACCCGGACAAACCGGAGGGACACGACGAGCCGCACUCUCAGCAGACUCGCAUAAGACUUUCAGGUUACGAGAGUACAGCACCUCUGGCGGCCAUAAUGGGCCCCAGGGAGCAGAGGGUGUCUUCCGGGUCAACUAUCACCCUAAGGUGCGUCGUCACGUCGCCGUACCAGACGAGGCCCGUCAGAGGCGUGCAAUGGCUUCGGGACAACAAACUUCUAACAUUCCAAGCUGCCAGGGGCGGCAUCAUAGUGGAGACGGAAAAGGGGGCUGCGCAGACGGUUUCUGAAUUGACCUUGGCCGGCGUGACCCCAGCCGAUGGGGCCAGAUAUUCUUGUCGACCGACGGAGGGACGUGCGGAUACGAUUCUCCUCGUCGUGGAAGAAGGACAAGGAAUGGAGGCCAUGCAUUACGACGGUGUGCAACAUGACGACAUGCAACGUGACGCCAGCUUCGCGGCUUCGGGGAGUCGAGGAACGCGGAUGUCUAACUGGCUUUUUAUAAACAUUGUUACGUGGUUGACAAUUUCCAUAAAUGUAAAAAUCUCUUAAUCGUUUCCACCUAGGUAUACCCUUACAUGGAAGCGCAUCUCCACGCUUGUAUCCCAGUAUUUCUGAUUGAUAGUUCGUAUAAGACGUCGUUAUAAUGAUAAGGAAAGUUCAAAAGACGAGCCUGUUACUUUUAAACAAGGGAAAUUAUUUAGAUAUUACGUAAGACAUUAAUAAUUUAUAAGGUUAGUCUGGCGUUUAAAUUCCCUGAAAUUUUACGGACCAAUGAUUGUUUUUUCUACUACAUUGUACAACGAAUAUUACCAGUCGUUCUGAUUCAGCUGGUAAAAUAUCAUUCGAUCGCGUCGAACUUAUUCGAUUUUCAUUCAACACUGCAGGCAGGUUCUUCACAUUGCCGAUAAUUGAGUCACGAAUUUUAUACAGACUAAAAUCGUCUUCGGCCUGUAGUUGACACAGUAAAUCGUUAUUCAUAUUUCCAUUUACCACAUACUGCGGCGAAAAUAAGCCUUGGGAUUAAGCCGGGCGAAUAUUUAGGCCAUAAUUCGUCCCGGUUCACACGUAGGCACCUUUUACCACUUCAGACUCAAUGAUUCAUAUUUUCAUUUUGCUCACUCGUUGUCAUUAAAAAUUUUCCACCAAUCAUCCUUCGCGCCCUCAAAGUUGUAAAUCACAAACGUCCCCAACUCUGGACAAUUCUGCUGUGUAACCGUCUUUAUUUGUCGUAUUUUCACUUCAGAUAGGUAUACCAAUUACGCGUAGGUAUUCACUACAGCCAGUCAAUCAUUCGUCGAAUCCUCUUAUACGCUUUGUCCAAGGGAAAUUGGAGUCGGAAGAGAGAAAAGACGCACGUCUCGGAAUUGGAAUAUUGACUUGGUACACGUCAAAUCGCGAUCCCUGAGGUAUAUAUUCCAUUCGAACUGCGAGAUUGCUUUGAUAUUUCCCUAACGUGGAGGCGAGGACCGGCCAAUGACUGUUCACUUAUGGCGGUGAUCGUGCGGUAAAACGUAGGCAUCGCGGAUAUAUCGAAGCACUGAAUCCGAAAGAAUGUUUGGACGAAAUUUGAAAUUUUCUUACGAGUUAGAUUCUGAUCAGUGUACGUAAAAAUUCUUCGAACAACCUACAUAGAAGCUGGAUGAAUUCUCGAAGCGUUUAUAAAUAUAAUUAACUAUGAUUAAAAUAAUUCAGAGAUGCGAUAUUUAUUUUAUUUAACUAUAUAUAAUAUAAAUCUACUAAAUGCGGAAUAUAUUUUGUUAAAUUUUGAUGUAAUUCGCGCUAAUGUAUAAUUAUCCUAAUAAUUUUAAUCGCUAUCGCUAUUCCGACUUACAAUUAGCUGUAGGAUUGUUUUGAGGGCAGACGGAGCUCUCUGCAACACAUUAAAAUUCACAACUUGUCUACGAAUGAAGUUUAGUGUACGGAGGUGAUCGUCGAAGAUGAACAAUUACGAGCUUACAGCAUGCGACUACGUGCGCGUUAUUCACGCUCUACAAACUGUUCUAAGCUAUAAAUUUACGUCAGCUCGUAAUAAUCGUAAUUCUUUAUCCCGACUACGUGACCGUUGGACUAGCAUCUCUUAUACCUAAGCUAGACGAUCGGUGCACGGUUUUUAUCGCAAGACAAUCCAGCCUUGAGUAAAGUCACUAGUUUUAACUUUCGCACGUGAGAAAGUUCAAACGCACGUGACCUCAACGAAAUAGUGAAGAAAGGAAUAAUUCACGAGAGUAAAGGGUAUUUAAAAGUUGAGAUAAUCACCGGUUG